AUGAAGUUCUUGUCCAUGUGCUGGUUCUGCUGCGCCGCCGUGGUCGCACAGCCACUGGCAAGACAUUCUCAGCCUGUAUCUCAGUGGCGAAUGAAUUCGCGGAACUAUCUACAAGCUGGUGACGCCCGUUCCUUUGCGGUUAGUGGGCGCACGGGUGAUGCCGACGAACUACUUUGCAAGGUAGGUUCCGUCAUAAGCGCCGGCUUGCCAGGCCGUUUACCUCGCAAGGAGUUGUUUGAAGCUCAUGCGGUGGCCACGCUGGUGAAUCGCCACUUCCCUUCGGAGCAGAGUAUUCUGGAGCCCUGCGCGGGCUGUGGCCUUCUUGCAGUGUUUCUGGUUCUCUUGAAUCGACUGCGUCAUGUGCGAUGCUCAGACAAGAAGCGACCGCGGAUUGCACGUGAACUGGCGCAGUGUGUAGAGAAGGAAUGGCCGUUUCUUGCCCAUCAAAUCCGAUGGGAAGAAGCCGAUCUGCGCAAGACGACUUUGAAAGUCGCGCCAAACGAACUCCUGGUUGCCUGCCAUGCAUGCAGCUUUCUUUCUGACGAGAUGAUUUUGGCUGCAAAAGAGAACCGAAGACCUUUGGUUCUGGUACCUUGCUGCUAUGAGACUGAGCCGAAUCUACCCGAUCGUCCGUGGCUGCCAAACUGGUCCUGGAAGAGGUGGCCUUGGCUGCAAGAGGGUGCUGCCAACCGACUCGGACGCUCUGCCAUCCACUCUGCUCGCAUGAAUGUUCUGCAAGAUGCAGGCUACCAUGUAGUUCAAGAUGAGAUCGGCAGACAGAUCACCGACAUGAAUGGUGUCAUCGUAGCCUGGCCCAGAGCUAGAAACAUGGUCCCAAAGCGCCUCGCACUUUAUUUACUUUGCUUAUUACUUGUACUUCAUGACCUCUGCACAACUUCACUAGUUCUACUGUAG